AUGGCUUGCCUGCUCGGUUCAGCCUCGCUGGUUGCCGCUGCUCCUGCAGAAAUUCCAUUGACUGAAUGCCGCUCUAUGAAAACCGAUUUCAUGAAGGCGAGUAAAGGUUGGAUUGCCGAAAACAGCGCGCAAGAUACGUACAGUAUCACCUCCAAUGGUCUUGAAAUGCGCUUGGUUCCACCAAGUCAGUACGUGCGCUUGCAUGACAGUAAUUCCAAUAUGCCUUAUAAUAAAUACGAAGGUCGUGGUCCCACAUUUAACGUGUCAACACUGAUGCGUUACGGUCGUUUCUCUGCCACCAUGCGAUCAGCACCUGUUGGUGGCGCUAUUACUGCAUUUAUUGUGCUGGCUGACGAUGGUGAUGAAAUUGACUUUGAAAUCUUGGGCGGCGAUCCCCAUCAUUUGCAAACCAACUUUUUCUAUGGCAAGCGUCCGCUGUAUACCGUGAACGGUGGUCUUCACGAAGUGCCUGGCGAGGCGGUAUAUGAUGCUUUUCACACGUAUACGGUCGAUUGGCGUCCUGAACGCAUUGAAUGGCUCGUUGACGAUAAAGUGAUUCGCACCGUGCAAAAGAAGGAUACUUGUGAUGCUAAUGAAUGCAGAUAUCCCAGUAGCCCAGGUCGAAUUCAACUUGGUUUAUGGGACGGAAGUUUCGAGGCUGGUACUGCGGAAUGGUCUCAUGGCCCCAUUGAUUGGAGCCAACAUCAUUCGAUUUCUUCUUACAUCAAGAGCGUAGAAGUCGAUUGCGACCCUCAGUAUAACAAGGUCAUCUCUUAA